GACGCUGUGUUUGACCCCGCCCUCUAUUCCUUCCCCGCCCCUUCAUCGCGCUGCACUCUGGUACCGCCGCCAUGUUCUGAUGCCGGAGCCGCUGCCGACACUAGAGGCCGAGGCUGUGGAGAAGGAGUGAGGCCCAAGAUCCCGGGAGCAGGAGUGUGUGGUGCGGUAGAGACCCGGCGCCUGACCCAGAGCCUUGGCUGAGUCAGGGAGCCGCCACUCCCGUCGGAGCGGUGUUAUGGCGGCUCGCGAUGGGAAGCUGCCGACCGCCGAUCGGGUGGUGAAGUCUGUCCCCUUUCCACCGACUCAUCGCUUGACAUUUGGCGAGGUCUUCGAUGCCAAUGGAAAACCUAGGGUGGACAUUUUGAAAAAUCAUUUAAUUAAAGAAGGCCGUGUAGAGGAAGAAAUUGCACUUAGAAUUAUUAAUGAUGGAGCUGAAAUUCUGCGGAGAGAAAAGACCAUGAUUGAAGUGGAAGCACCAAUAACGGUAUGUGGUGACAUUCAUGGUCAGUUCUUUGACAUGAUGAAGUUAUUUGAAGUAGGAGGGUCACCAGCCAGCACCAGAUACCUCUUCCUUGGCGAUUAUGUGGACCGAGGUUAUUUCAGCAUAGAGUGUGUACUCUACUUGUGGGCUCUUAAAAUUCUGUACCCAAACACGUUGUUCCUUUUGCGUGGGAAUCAUGAAUGCCGACACCUCACAGAAUAUUUCACCUUUAAACAAGAAUGUAAAAUCAAGUAUUCCGAAAGAGUAUAUGAUGCUUGUAUGGAUGCUUUUGACUGCCUUCCUCUUGCUGCACUUCUAAACCAGCAGUUUCUUUGUGUUCAUGGAGGACUUUCUCCAGAAAUUCAUAGUUUAGAAGAUAUUAGAAAAUUAGAUAGGUUUAAGGAGCCACCUGCAUUUGGGCCAAUGUGUGAUUUGUUGUGGUCAGACCCUUCAGAGGAUUUUGGAAAUGAGAAAACACAAGAACACUUCAGUCAUAAUACAGUGCGAGGAUGCUCCUACUUCUACAGUUACUCAGCUGUUUGUGAAUUUUUACAACACAAUAAUUUGCUAUCAAUAAUUCGAGCUCAUGAGGCCCAGGAUGCAGGCUACAGAAUGUACAGAAAAAGCCAAACCACUGGGUUUCCAUCAUUAAUUACAAUCUUUUCUGCACCAAACUACUUAGACGUCUACAAUAAUAAAGCUGCUGUAUUGAAGUAUGAAAACAAUGUGAUGAAUAUUCGACAGUUCAACUGUUCUCCUCAUCCCUACUGGCUGCCUAACUUCAUGGAUGUCUUUACAUGGUCGCUGCCAUUUGUUGGAGAAAAAGUAACAGAGAUGUUGGUUAAUGUCCUCAAUAUCUGCUCUGAUGAUGAGCUUAUGUCUGAAGGAGAUGAUGCUUUUGAUGGUACAGCUGCUGCUCGGAAAGAGAUCAUUAGGAACAAGAUUCGAGCGAUUGGCAAAAUGGCCAGAGUAUUUUCAGUUCUCAGAGAGGAGAGUGAGAGCGUGCUGACACUGAAGGGAUUAACUCCCACUGGAAUGUUACCAAGCGGAGUGUUGGCAGGAGGACGACAAACCCUACAAAGUGGUAAUGAUGCAUUGCCUCUUCCUGUGCCUCAGCCACAGUUGAGGCAAUUGAGGCUGAUGAAGCAAUCCGAGGAUUCUCACCACAACACAAAAUCUGUAGUUUUGAAGAAGCUAAAGGGCUGGACAGGAUUAAUGAGCGAAUGCCUCCAAGGAAGGAUACUACCCAGCAAGAUGGUAUCAACUCAGUGAAUGCGUCAAAUACUAACGAGAACAAUGGAACUGGCAACAGCAACAUACAAUGACUGUCUCCCCUCUCAUUCUCCAAUUGCCUGAGAUCUCCCUGAAUCACAGCUUCUGAAAUGGCUCCAGUUCCUUAGCCAAAGCAAUCUAUCCAUUUGUUUUUUGAACGACUGAACAAAUUUGGUGACCUUUAAAUGAUCAGAUAUGGUAAAGCCAUCCUGCUUUUGAGAGAACGGCCUGUGGUAGAUGAAGAUUCAUGUGCAUGCAGCAUCUAUUCAAGACUUCUGGACCCUUGGAAAGGCAUAACCAUUUUCACUAAAUCACAUCUAGACUAGCAUCUCAUGUCCAUCGACUUCAACACCAGUUAAGUUUACAAUCUUUGUUGAAUAGCUUUAGUUGAUUCCAAUCAAAAUUUGAACAGAAACCCUAAUUAAUGCUGAAGAGCCACUAUUUAUUGCUGAACAUUGUUUCGUAAUAAUGUCUACUAAAGACAAGUUUUUAAAUGGUAGAAUGGUCUUAAAAAAAAAUUCUGAGGCUGCAAGAUUAUGUAUUUUAAAUUUAGAGAAUGCCAAAAAUAAAUCUAUUGGAUGGCAGGGCCUGAUAACAUGCUGACCUCAGCUUUAUUCCUUCUAUCGGACGUUAUUAAGCCUGUGCUACAAUUGCUGCAUCGUAGUUUGUAGAAAUGUUUCUUGCUUUAAAAGAAACCAAAGCUAUUUAACCCAGAAAGACAUUGGCCUGUAGAAUCCCAGCUUUUGUUAAAUUUACAUUUCUGGCCCCUUUUAAGUUUUAACCUGUGUUUUGAAUUAAUAGCCCACACACAAUGUUAAUUGAAAGGUACUUUUAAUUGAAUUUUGUACAUUGUGAAAAGACAUUUGAAUCAUAUCAAGUCUGUAAAGCUUAGCUGUGUAAUUUGUGUAUGCAUGUUUUUUCAUUUUGCAGAUAUUUAAUAUAUAGACCUAUUAUGUACAGGACAGCAUCCUAGGGUUGUAUAAGUGUAAUGGGUACCUUUUUAGUGCAUUGUGAGUAUCCGACUGGCUUGUACUGCACCAAACCUCCAGGGCGGAAGAGCUUCAGGUAUUUUGACAUGUUUCUGUUUAUGCGAUGCAAGCUAUUGCCCAGGUUAAAACCAGGAUCAUGGCGGCAGUGUCAAAUCAAGGUUGCAUGUUAAUUUUUUUUAUAAUAUUGCUCUGUUCAAAUACAUUGUGUCAAAAAGUUAAUGUUUUAUUUGAUUAAUAAUAAUAAUAAUAAUAAUAUUGAUUGUCACAGUACUUGGCUGCAUUUUAAUGCAUUUGCAACCGGAUUCGUUUCUCAGUCUCUUGCCCACCAAACUUGAAACAACAUCAUGGGAAAGAAGAAUAAUAAUCGUCUCCCCUGUUUGUUUGCCAUGAGCACAUGUACAUAAGUCUGUCUCAGCUGGAAGCUGUACACUUGCUCUGACAUAUUUAAAUAUUUUGUAAGAUGGUACACAAUAAAUGUUGUGUAUGGGCCACGGCU